AUGCAAGCCAUGCUAAGUGAGACCACGCGGGACCCGCCGUUCUACCUGCAGCGCAGCACUGCCGGACAGCACCAGCAUCAGGAUCCGAACACGCAGCAGCACCAUGCCAAUCUCAACGCUUGUGCCGUUGCCAAUCUUAGCCCCGGUGCCAACGUCAACGUCAAUGCCCCCGCCCCGCCGCCACCAGCGCCCGCCGCCCCGCGACGCACAGGCACCUCGCGCCGCGCGGCGCCCUCCGAGGACCGGCCGUUCGCCUGCCCCGUGCCCAACUGCGGCGGCCGCUUCCACCGCAAGUUCACGCUGCACGAACACCUCAAGACGCACACGGGCGAGCAGCCGCACCAGUGCCCCGUGGCCGAGUGCGGCAAGCGCUUCAGCACGUCGGGCAACCUCGCGCGCCACCGCAAGCUGCACGCCAUGCGCAAGAUCAGCUGUCCGGCCGCGCACUGCACGCGCGUGUUUACCAGCCGCGAGAAGCUUGUGCCGCACCUCAAGGUCCACCUUGCGCGUACGCCGCACACGUGCGACUUCGCUGGCUGCGGCAAGACCUUUAGCACGGCCGGCAACCUGACCCGGCAUCGUCGCACGCAGCACCGUGCCGGCCCGUCGACUCGCCAGGAAGCUGUCCCCGUCCCGGUGUCGGCCAUGCCCUCGCUGCCGCGGCCCAAGUUUGAGUUCCCUGGCCGCGCGCCACCCCCGACCGGUUCGCUUCCGAUGCGUGGCCUGUUGUGGCCGCAGCAGCCACCGGUGGAGAACCACCACCAUCACCACCACGGCCAGCACCCCCCGCAGCAGCAGCGCAUUCUGGAGUCAGACGUGCAGGACUUGUUCGACUGCUUGUUCGUGGAGAACGCGCAGGCGGCUGCCGCGGCGGCGGCCCAGGGUCACCACAAUGUUGCCAUUAUCCGGGACAGACUGCCCAAGCUGGAGCCUCCGCGCGACAACAAGGCACCGCAGCACCACCAACACCAGGCACCGCCCCACCACCAGCCCCAGCAGCAGUCGCAGCCGCCGUAUCUUACCGCUACGUACGAGUUUUAGGCCGUGUAGGAUGUAAAGAGAUCGUUGGCGUCGUUCAGCGCCAGACAUU